AUGGAGGAGGCGGCAUGUCAGCUGGAGAGAGACCACGUCCACCGCGUCUACGAGGAGAUCGCUCCGUUCUUCAGCGACAGCCGCUACAAAGCCUGGCCCAAAGUGCGGCAGUUCCUGCUGGACCAGGAGCCCGGCAGCAUAGUGGCUGAUGUGGGCUGUGGUAAUGGCAAGUAUCUCCACAUAAAUGGAAGUGUUUUCAAGCUCGGAUGCGACGUCUGCCAACCACUGGUACAAUCGGCCUCGAACCAAGGACACGAAGUUCUCCUCUGCAACAGCUUGAACCUUCCCUACCGAGAUGGCUGUUUUGAUGCCAUUCUCUGUAUAGCAGUAAUACAUCACUUAUCCACCAAAGAACGCCGUAUUCAGGCCGUGAGGGAGAUGUCUCGUACGUUGCGAGCAGGAGGUCGCAUGAUGAUCUACGUCUGGGCCAUGGAGCAGAGGAAUCGCAAGUUUGACAAGCAGGACCUCCUGGUCCCCUGGGCCUGGGACCACCACCGCCCGCCUUCCAACCCAAACCAUGAUGACCAAGCCAUAACGCGGAACGGAACCGAGGACGAGAGAUUACAUCAACAAGACAGCAGAGGAAGCUACUAUAGGCCGACUACCUGUAGUAGCGGUUUUGGCAAAAGUGACAAAAACAGGAGAAUGAAAAGCACGUCGUCGACGUUGGACAAAGAGCACUCCCAUAGGCCUACUACUUCCUAUCCAAAAAGUCCAGCACCGAGACUUUGGAUUUUUUCCAGGUCAUUAGACUCGGUGUUAGACUUGGGUAUCCUUGCUGUGUCUAGAUCCGGUUCACCACCACCACCACCAAUAGAGAGCAGGGACAGAGGUGGUGUCGUCUCGGCAACAACCAAUAGCAACAGGAACAGGAAGGAGACUUUCAUACGACAGGUUUCCAGUCUCUUCUUAAAGCACAACAUGGAGGAAGAAGGAGAAGAAGAUGUCUUUGUUUCUAUUUCUAAUCCGUGUGUAGUAGUAGAUCAGAGGCCCAAAGGAAAGAAUAAUAAUAAUGAUGAUGAUCAUCACUGUGCUCCUUUGACCAAACCUGCCGCCGCCAUCUUGGCACAGGAUUGCUCAUCCAUGCCACUGCCAGAUCUGGUGUCUUACCAAAACGAGACGCUAUCGGAAGGCGGAGGAGGAAAUGAUGUCCGAAACCACAGCCAAAACAAUAACAGAGAUGACAGGCAGCAGGACCUGAAACACGAAAUGACGUCCGCGGAAACAACAUGCAGUGAGUCAGGGGAAAACAGGAGGUUGAUGCGUUACUAUCAUGUGUUUAGGCAGGGGGAACUGACGGAGCUCAUUGAAAAUCAUCUGAAGGACCUUCGUGUUCUUGAGACUUGCUUAGACCAUGCAAACUGGUGUGUAGUGGUGGAGAAGGUUUAA